CGAGAAAGCAGAAAAAAAUAAAUAUAAUCAGAGGAAGAAGAAGAAGAAGACUAGAAUCGUCAUCAGUCUCGUCGUCGUUCGCAAGUCUGAAUCAUCAAUAGACCUUUGAUAGAUCCAUUUCAACUAGACUUCUCUGUUUACUCUUUUCUGAAUCUCCCAAAAAGAAAAAGAAUCUAGCUUUGGAUUUCUCGGGUCAGUCUCCAGACCAAGCUUUGCAUCUGACAGAACACAAAAGUGUUUCCGAUUUGGUGUUUGGUUCGGAGAAAGUGAUAAUCUUCUGUAUAAUUUCUGAGAUUAUAUAUACAUGUCGGGAUAUUCGGCUUCUGCCGGUCUCCGAGGAUUUUCAGUGUUUUAGAAGACAUAGAGAAAGAAUGAGGAUAAUGAAGAACAACAACAAAUACAAUAAGAAAUCAACAUCUUUGCAUUGCAAUGAUGCAGGAGGUUGCAGAUAUUCAUUCCUUACUAUUGUUUGGACCGUCGUCGGUUUUUUCCUGGUGGCUCAUCUUAUCUCUCUGUAUAGCAGAAAAGAUAACAUUCAUCAACAAGUUUCUUCUGAUCAGUUACAAUUAGUACAUCAUCAACAUCUUCAUCAUCCUGUUGUUCGUGAACUUGUAAGAGUUGAAGAAGAGAUCCUGAGAAUGCCCCCACCUAGGAAGCGUUCUCCUCGUACUAGUAAACGGAGAUCGAGAAAACCGAUCCCUAUGGUUGAAGAGUUUCUUGACGAGAAGUCACCUAUACGGCAUCUUUUCUUUCCCGGUAUCAAAACCGCCGCUUUUGGUCCCACCAAGGAUAUGGGAAACGAGACCUCGUAUUACUUCCCUGGGAAAAUUUGGAUGGACACAGAAGGGAAUCCAAUUCAAGCACAUGGCGGAGGGAUUCUGCUUGACGAGAAAUCUAACACGUACUAUUGGUAUGGAGAAUAUAAAGAUGGUCCAACUUACCAUGCUCACAAGAAAGGACCAGCUAGAGUUGAUAUAAUAGGGGUUGGUUGUUACUCUUCAAAGGACUUAUGGACAUGGAAAAAUGAAGGCAUUGUACUCGGAGCUGAUGAAACAAACAAGACCCAUGAUUUGCAUAAAUCCAAUGUUCUUGAGCGACCCAAAGUGAUCUACAAUGAAAAGACAGAGAAGUAUGUGAUGUGGAUGCAUAUCGACGAUGCAAACUACACUAAAGCUUCAGUUGGUGUAGCCAUUAGCGAUAACCCGACAGGUCCUUUCGAGUAUCUAUACAGUAAACGUCCACACGGAUUCGAUAGUCGGGACAUGACUGUCUUCAAAGAUGACGAUGGUGUUGCUUACCUGAUAUAUUCGUCUGAAGUCAACAGCGUGCUUCAUAUUGGACCCUUAACGGAAGAUUACCUCGAUGUGACACCGGUUAUGAAGAGAGUAAUGGUGGGACAACACAGGGAAGCUCCAGCUAUCUUCAAGUAUCAGAAUAUUUAUUACAUGGUCACUUCCUGGUGCACUGGUUGGGCACCAAAUGAAGCCUUGGCUCAUGCGGCAGAAUCUAUAAUGGGUCCAUGGGAGAAAUUGGGGAAUCCGUGUAUCGGUGGUAACAAAGUUUUCCGGUUAACAACAUUCUUUGCGCAGAGCACUUAUGUGAUUCCGUUACCGGGUGUUCCCGGUGCGUUUAUAUUCAUGGCAGAUAGGUGGAACCCGGCUGAUUUGCGGGAUUCCAGAUAUGUGUGGUUACCGUUAGUUAUAGGUGGACCUGCUGAUCAGCCUUUGGAGUUCAAUUUCGGGUUCCCAUUGUGGUCAAGAGUGUCUAUCUACUGGCACAGCAAAUGGCGGCUGCCUUAAAAGACAUACGAAUAACCAAAUAUGUUCUUACUGAUCCCUCUGUGCUGAUCAUUGUUGUUGAUUUGUUUUGUAGAUUAGGCAUUCAUACACACUAUUGUAAGGAUUAUACUUUAUAAUAAAUCUUUUACUGAAGAAGCUUUAUUACACA